AUGGCUUUAACAUACAUUAAUUACACAAAUUAUACGACAAAAUUUGAUAUUGUAGUAGAAAAAUUACUUGUAUUGACAAAAAAGAAAAAUGAUGAGACAAAGUUGAUCAACACUUAUCUUUGUGACCUUAAUAAUUUUGAUUAUCGAUAUUUAACAAUUUUAAAUAACGAUGCAAUGCAAUUGUUGAUUAAACAAUUGUGUACUAUUAUCACACCUAUGGAAACAGUUUUGAUUCAAAAUUUUUGCAGAUUUUUAGCUAAUAUAACUCAAAACAAUAUUAAACUUCAAGAACAAACAUUUACACUUUCUAAACAAUGGAUUAUAAAAGUUUUUAAAUCUGCUUUACCAAUUACACAUAAUAAUAUACUGUUAGCUCUAAAAAGUAUAUUAAUAAAUAAUCAAUUUGACAAUAUUAAACACUUUUUAAAGUUAUUAAUCGAAGAUAAUCAGUUGUUAAAAAAAUAUUUAAAUCCAUCUAGUACACAAUGGUCUGAAAUUCAUUAUCAUGCAAUUAGUUGUAUAGAAGGAAUCCUAAUGAGUUGCAAUGACACCCCCAUAACAAAAGAAUUGAUAUGUAUUAUCAAGGAUAUUACGCUAAAUAUUGUUUCUUCUUCCGUGUAUGUAAAUGAUAAUAAAUUUUAUCAUACCAAAAUAUUAUGUUCAUGCUUACAUAUUUUACAAAUGAUAAUAGUUUAUGAACUGUUACCACAUACCAUUGAUUUCAUGGGUGAAAUUUUGGGAAUUGUACAAGCAUUUUUAUUUUAUGGUUUCAAAGAUUAUCCUCCUAUGAAACCACAAUUGCUUUGUCCAGCAGUAAUGAAUCUCCCAGAACGAACUCAUGUAAUUCCUAAAUGUAAGAAUCUGAAGAAUCACAAAGCAAAAUUAAGAAAACAACCAACUAAGAAGGUUGCUACUGAAGCAAAAAAUAACAUUGUACCAGAAUGCAAAGGAGUUAACAUAUAUUCAAGUGAUUCAGAUAACUCAGAUACUGAAAGUAAUAAUUUCAUCUUUAUGGAUUCUAAAGUAAGAUUGGAAACUGCACGGUUAUUGCAAGCACUUGUUGAAAAUUCACAAAGUCGUGAAAUGUUUGGAUUUUGGCCACAAAUUGUUGCUACUGGUUCACGAAAUGAUGCUAGAGUAUUGACUAGAAGUAUUUUAAAAGAAUCUGUAUCUAAAGUAAAACAGCACAUGUUAAGUACAUUAACAGAAUUACUGAUAGAUGCUAAGCCUUUUUUAAUGCAUGCAGAAGAUGUUCAACAGAUAUCUUUUAUUACCUUUUUUGGUACAGUUUGUUUAAUGAUUAAAGAAUUGCAUUUUACAUUAUCUUUGAUUCUAUAUGAAGAAACAAAUGUAGCUGUUUUAACUCAUGGAUUAAAAUGUGCUGCUGCUCUAAUUCAAGGUACACCAUAUGUACGUUUGAAAGCAGGACUUGCUACGAAGUUAAUGAGAAAUUGUAGACCAUAUAUAUUUCACAAAGAUCCAACAGUUCGUGUUGCUGCAUUAUCAGUUUUUGAGGCUAUUGCUUCCUGUGAUCCAAUAACUCAAGAAAUAUUUGAAAUACUUGCAAGACAUUUAACUAUAAAUGUUGGAUCAGAUCAACUAUAUCUAAAUGUUAGUGAUAAUAUAGAAAAAAGUGAAGAAAAAGAAAUAGAUAUUGAAGAUUUCAAAAAUAAUUUAAUAGAUGAUUAUAAUAACAAAUUAUUCAAAAAAACAAAUAUCUGUGUUUUAAUACAUGUUUGUUUGGAAAGUAUAUCGAAUAAGACAAUGAGCACACCUGUUCGUCUCCAAUCGCUAAAACUGAUUGGUAGAAUGGCAUUUAGUACAGGAAGUCUUGUGUUUUCACAUGUGGAAUUAAUUACUACAACUUUAGUAGGAGUCAUACAAGAUUCUGAAACACAAGUAAUAUUACAUGCAUGUCGUGCUUUAGAAAUCAUGGCUGGCUGUCUUAUGAACAUUGACUCAGAGGAUAAUAAUGCUUCAAUAUUUUGGGAUAUUAUAUUUGAUCCUAUAACACAAUUACUUCAACAUCCGCAAACAAUAAUAAGAGAAGCUGCAUGUGAUUGUUUAGGCAGUAUUAGUUCUACCGUAUUUGCACAACUUCAAAGACAGAAAGCAAUUUUAAUUAUUACAAUAUUGUUUGGUGCAGUACAUGAUAAAGAAAGUGCUGUAAGAGCUGCUGGACUAAGAUCAUUAGGAAUGUUAGUCACACUACCAGCAUUGAAAGAAGAAAGUGGAUUUUUGAUGGACUUAGCUAACAUAGUUUGUUUAACUGCUAAUGAUAAAAAUCUUGGUGUUCGUAUUAAAGGAGCAUGGGCAUUAGCUAAUUUGUGUGAUUGUCUUUGUAAAGAAAUAAAUCAUGAAGAUGUAGAACCUAUUCCCUUGGAAAUAUUAUUACCAAAAAUUUAUCAAGUCAGUAUUAAAGCAUCUAAGGAUAACGUUAAAGUCAAAUGCAAUGCUGUUCGAGCUCUUGGAAGUAUUCUAUAUUUAUGUCCUAAUAAAUAUAUAUUGAAAGAUACAUCAUUAGGCCUGGAAGCUCUUUUAAAUUGUGCUACUGUAGGAAAUGAUAUGAAGGUGCGUUGGAAUGCAUGUCGAGCUCUAGGAUUAGUUUUAAGCAAUGAUCCGGAUAAUAUAUUGGUAUCUUCUUGGAGAGAUCAGGUGUUUCCUGCAUUAUGUACUUUAAUUUGCGAUAGUCCAAACUUCAAAGUGCGUACUAAUGCUGCAUGGGCAUUAUAUUCUUGUAAUUCUUAUGGUAAAUAUAUUGUUAUUUUAUGGAAAAGUCUUAUCUUAGCAUUUGAAAAUUCUCAGCAUGUACCAAGUUACAUUGAGUAUCCUCAUCGUGAUGCUCUUAUUCAACAGUUGUGCCUUACUCUUAGCCAUGUGGCUGCUUGUACAGAGGUAUCAGACUUGCAAAAUCUUUGGAUAGAGAUAAGCGAACAUGUGGAUGAUGUUUCUAACUAUGUGAAACAGUUCCAGGAAAUUAUUGUUCCUGAAAAAAUGGGAAAUUUAAUAAAAGCAAAGUCUCAGUUAGAAAAAUAUGUAAAAAUUGCUCCAUUAUUAGAAGAACGAAAAAUUGCACAAAGUUUAGCAAAUAUUUUUGAAAGAACUAAACGAUAUGACAAUUUAAAUAGUACUAUUUUAACUUAA